CACGUCAUACGUCAAACGUCAUUUGAAUACUAAAUACUAUCACAAGUCAGAAAUACAAAAUAAGUUAAUUUUACACAGAAAACGCAAAAUCAUUUUUUCAGGACGACUAUUGUCCCCUUACGAUUGAUAAUGUUAACAACGAUGAUGUGUACGACGGUCGGUGACUUUCGGUGAGCGCGAUGUCGAUAGAGUACGUGGUAGUAAGCGAGGGCGAGCAAGACGAGCCCAUUGAGUUGCCUACUGAAGAAGACGGCUCAUUGCUUCUAAGUACAAUAUCGGCUCAGUUUGCAGGAGCCAGUGGUCUCAAAUACCGAGCUGGUGGAAGAUUACGCGGACUUCGCCUGGCAGACGAUAGAGUCCUUCCACCUGCUGAAGGCUGGGCGACCCACCAUUAUUUUUGUGCUUUUCCUAGAACUGAUGCUCCAACACCCACACCACGUCCACGCUGCUCUGAUCUAAUUGUGCUCGGAUUACCUUGGAAGACUGGAGAAGAGGCUGUCCGUGACUAUUUUGCUGCAUUUGGUGAAUUACUCAUGGUACAAGUGAAACGUGACGCUAAAACCGGUUUAUCUAAGGGAUUUGGUUUCAUAAAGUUUGCGGACUAUGAUGCGCAGUUGCGUGCCCUAGGCCGCAGACAUAUGAUAGAUGGCCGCUGGUGUGAUGUACGCAUCCCUAAUAGUAAAGAUGGUGGCUCAGCAGCACACAGAAAGGUAUUCGUCGGCCGGUGCACUGAAAGCCUCACUGCAGAUGAUUUGCGAGAGUACUUUGGAGCAUUCGGUCAGGUGACAGAUGUGUUUGUACCAAAACCAUUUCGUGCAUUCAGUUUUGUCACAUUUUUGGACCCAGAAGUGGCUCAGUCACUUUGUGGACAAGAUCAUAUUAUUAAAGGUGUGUCAGUUAAUAUCUCAACAGCAUCACCUAAACGUGAGCGUGGGGCACGAUCACAAUUGCUGGGAUGGGGUCUACUGGAAGGUGGUGCUCCCCGUGUGUACAGUUGGCCGCCAGAUGCCUGGCAACACUCUGCCCACUCUGCACAUUCAACUGCACCACCUGAUGCCAAGCCUUACCUCAAAUAUGAAUAACAACCCCAUUGCCCUCCUUGUUAAUAACUCACAGAUUUUAUAUGAAAAUAAAUGUAAAUAAUAAUAUAAUAUAGAAUGAUAAAGUUGUU